AUGAUGGCAGUUUUAGGGUACAAUGAUGGAGGUAUAAGGUUUUACCAUUUCAUGAUCCCAGAGACAGACUUGGAUAGUAGAUUGUUACCCCGUGGCACCGAUCAAGAAGUCAUUCAAUUGGCAAGGGUUAGAAUGAAAAGGAAAUCAGUUGGGUCAUGUAGUAAAAAGUUGGAUUUGAAUGAGCCCGCUAAUUUGUCAAAGUUGAUUGUACCCUAUGAACAUUUGAUCAACAAAAAACACUCAGUUGAUCGAGAGAGUGAUCCCUUUAGGGGGUACAGUUUGAGGAUAACCAAGAUAAAAGAGAUGUUGACACAGGGGAUGAUCACCAACCAAAAGGGGAUGUUGAUCUACUGGAUGAUUAUGAGUGGAAGUAAGGAAAGUGUUAGUGAGGGUGCUUGGAGUGAGGCUAGUAGGAGUAAGGGUAAUAGGACAGAUGAUAGUAGUGAGGAUGAAGACUUCUUUGUGGAUUUAGAAAAUAUUGUAGAUGAUGUGGAUGUUCAUAUGAAAUAUUUUCAUAUACAUGUUGAUGAAUAUGUUGAGUGGAUUCAAAAAACGACCAAAGAAGCAAGUGGUAGUGGUGUUGACUUUACUGAAGGUGAAGAUUUGGAAUUCAUAGACCCAGAAUCGUUUGAUUCACCUAUUGUAGGUGAAGAUAACAACGGAGAGAGAAUGUUGAAAGACAUAGGAAAAACAAAAGCUUGUUCCGAGGGUGUAGUUCACCUAAAGGCUUUCACAUUGGAACAAAAUUUCAAAACAAAGAAAGACGUGAAAGACUAUAUAAACAAACAUGUAGUAGAAACCAAAAGGGAUUUACAUUUUGAAAAAAAAAACGAAAAAAUAAGGAUUAGGGCUAAGUGUAGAGGAGUGGUCCCAGAUAUGAUGGUGGGCCAUGGAAAAAGUCAAGGACUGGAUUCAAGGACCAAAUAG